UCCAGCCAAUGAAAUUGAUUAUUAUCGAUUUAAAAUAAAUUAGUGCCCGUUGAAAACCGCGUGAAAAGUUGUUACAGCAUAUCAGAGUGUUUAGUUCCGUCGGUGCACGCAUAAUUAAAAUCCAUACCGUUUAUUUUCGUUAAGGUUUCGAUAAUAAACAGUGAGAUUUAUCGAGUUUUUAAGUGCGCCGAAUUGAAGUGACGAUGUAGUUUCGAACAUUGCGAAAUAGUGUGUUGAAAAUUCACUUAAACCUAAAUAGAUCGCUAUCAGAAUUUUCUGGAUCUUUGCUUCUAAACUUGCAGAAAAUACAGUGCCGAAGCUGAAUUCUAAAUUUAAAGGUGUUAAAAAGAUAGGUGCUCGUGAAAUUGGUGAGCAAAUAUAAUAAUUCCUUGCUUGCAGGAUAAUUCCUUGCUCUACCUAUGUAGAAAGUUCCUAGGCCUGCACGAUAAAGUUUAUGUAUAUUAAAUAAGGUGAUCUUUUCAAUUUUCCUGCAGUUAAACACUUCGUAUAAGGCAAAAUACAAACCGAAUCGAGUGGUCUGCAAAAAACUGUUCCAAAGUGAAGAAUGCAAAUGGCAAUAUGCCUUCAACGACGCAGUACGUAAGCAUCAUAGUAACCAUGUACUCAUUUUCUAUCGUGUCGCAUAGUUUCCGAUCAGACUAUAAUCCGAACGUAAUCGAGUAUACUCGGGAAAUCACAUUGAAGAAGCAAGAAGGAAAACUACAGGGACGAGUGAUAAGACUAAAUAACGCGGAAUUGCGGUCGGUUGAGGUGUACUUGGGGGUGCCGUAUGCGGCCCCUCCGGUGGGACAGUUUCGGUUUAUGCCACCCAGCGAUGUUUCGUGGGUUGGUAUUAAAUAUGCGGACGCGUUCGGACCGGUAUGUCCACAGAACUUUCCCAGCGAAGAGACAAUGACGACGGAAAGAAAGAGACAUUUUAGAAAACUGAAGAGGUUUUUGGAGAACCAAAGCGAAGAUUGUUUGUAUUUGAAUAUAUACGCUCCCUACCAGGGUCUGGAGUCGAGAACACGAAAAUAUCCCGUAAUGGUUUUCAUCCACGGAGAGUCUUUCGAAUGGAAUUCGGGAAAUCCAUACGACGGAAGCGUUUUGGCAGCCUUCGGGAAUGUAAUUGUUGUGACAUUGAACUUUAGGUUGGGAAUACUAGGAUUUCUAAAACUGGAAGCCGAAGAAACAACAAGGCAAAGUAAUUUCGGGCUGAUGGAUUUACUUGCUGCGCUGGUCUGGGUACAAGACAACAUCGAAGCAUUUGGUGGCGAUCCAGGUAGCGUGACACUAAUCGGUCAUGGAACGGGAGCAGUAUGUGCAAGCCUGUUUACAAUAAGUCCAUUAGCUAUGAAGGAUAAUAAAAAACUUUUCCACAGAGCAAUUCUAAUGAGCGGUACCGCGCUUUCCGAUUGGGCGCUUGUCUCCAAGCCGAUCGAUAUCUCUAUCCAAGUAGCAGCGAACCUGAAUUGUCAGCUACACGACAAUUUUGCCGCGUGUUUAAGAAGGAAACGACUUGAAGAAAUCAUGGAGUCCAUACCUGCGUCCGAACCAUACAAAACAACGUUCGGUCCGGUAGUUGAUAACUUAUUUGUUCCCAACGAUCCCAGGAAGUCGAUGAUGCAAUACGUGGAUAUAUUCAAAAGAUUCGAACUGAUGUACGGCGUUACGGAGCUGGAAAGCAAACAUUUGGCAUUCGGAGGAGACGUAGCACUUACGCAUGGUAUGUUAGAAAGGGAGAGAGACAAUGAACUGAAGAAGUAUAUGCGUACCCGAUGCGAAAUGAAGCCUGACACUUGCUUUAUGGAGGCGAUGGCGAAAUACAAAUACGAUCAUCGAAGAUUUCAGAGUGAACAGGAAUUCGGAGACUAUUCGGGUCACGAGCCAGACAGAGCGACCCUGGCCCGAGACGAAUUGCUAGACAUCUUAUCCGACGCUAGAACGGUGGCUCCUCUCAUCCAGACUGGUUUAUAUCACUCCAGAUUGAACAUGCAAUCGUAUUUCUAUGUCUUCGCGCAUAAAACGCAUUCCAAGGAAUAUAUUAUAAACAAAACAUACAAUGGCGAAGAUCUGUCUUAUGUGUUCGGCGUCCCACUGGAAGGUUCGAAGUUUCAUUUCGAGGACGUACCUUAUACGCAAUACGAGAAAAUGUUUUCCCAGAGGAUAAUGCGUUACUUUUGCAAUUUUGCUUACACUGGCAAUCCAAACAUGCCCAAGGAAAUAUAUCCGUCGUCCGAGUACGAUGUGUGGUCGCAGUUCGAUGUCGAGUGGCCAGAAUUCGAUGCGGAAAACCAGUUCUACCUCCAUCUAGGCAAUCCCAUUUCCAAGAAUAAAUUUUACCGUAGAGACCAGGUAGAAUUCUGGAAUCGCGAGUUUCCGGAUAUUACCGCGUCGUUGAAGAAUCCCUUCAAGUCUUAUACGUCUGAAAAUCCUCUACCAUGGGUGCGACACAAUCUAUCGAAAUUUGAAAAUUUUCACAAGCCAUUUCCUUCGUCGGAUUCUGCCGGCAUAGUAAGAACUUCCGGUAAUAGAGACCGAGCUAAUCCGGAGACUGAAGUUUACGGAAUUAUACGAAACUCACCAGCCGAAAGCGUUACAGAUAUCACGCAUAGUUCUUCAAGUCUCAGCAUCCUGUUGAUAGUUGGGGGCCUCUUUCUACUAGCCAAUGUGAUAUUUUUCGUUUUCUUAUACUACCGUUGCAUAAAAAAUAAGAAAUCGUCUACAGAACCGAUCAGUAUUUCCCCUGUCGAAGAUUGCGUGGACGGCAAACUCGAAAAGUCAGAAGACGCCAUGUUGUUCGCCGACUGCAAUAUCGUGAAAAUGUUUUCCAAAUCGAAAGUCGACGACGCGUACAAUACAUUGAGUGCAGAUAACGCUAAUAACAAACUGGCACGUCAUAUGUCGGACAGCACCAUUGACGCCCACACAAAAGUUCGCGAUUGGAUAACUAGCGAAAUUGUAUACAAAUAUAGCCCAAAACGUGAUAGAAAAGCGAAUAAGAAGAGGAACAACAAGCCCGAACCUCUACCGAUCGAAUUUCCGAUCGAAGUGGAAGAAAGUUCGACUUUGGGUAAAAGUCCCACUAGACCCGUAAGUCCCGUUGCUGAUGUAAAUGUUGCAAGGCCGUUGCUGAUAAAAACAGCCAGUAUAGACAGCUCGAAGCACCGUAGAAGACCGGGAAAAGUUUCCGUGGCGAUCGAUGCUACACCGACGGGCAGAGGUUCAAGCGUCUUGAUGCAGCAACCGAUAGAACUUACCAAGUCACUGGAUUAUCCAAAAGUGUCCCCGACUCCUCUAAGGCGGUCAAUUACGAUGGAAGAUUUUUCUCCAAGGAAACUUGACAACGUGGCAAAUGAGUUGCGGAAAAGUAUCACCAACGUUAAUUUAGGCAACGUGGACACGGAGCCGAAAGUAAUCAGGAUUGAACACGGUCAUUCAAAAUCUGAUCCGGUUCAGGAUGUUGACUAUAGCAGUAUGCGAAGGCUAAGGACUUUUGAUCCGAAUUACGAUAUCAACGUGACCUCCAGGGAUGAAAAUUGUCACGCUCCACCCGCGCUCACCCCCGAAGAAGCGUUGCUUACGAUAAAAAGGAGGAAUUUUCCUAAAGUUUUGCCCGAUCAUCCGGGAAGAGAGGCCUUUUUGAGCAAGAGGAGAUCGAUGCCCGUUCAAAAUGCGUUUUAUCCGAUCGCCGAAAACUCGCAGUAUUCUAGUUCGGAACCGUAUUCACCAACAAGUAGAAAUUUUAUGCGAUUUCCUCCGGUUCCUCCUCCCAGAACAUCAACGUUAGGUAGACAAGGAAGUAAUCCACAACCGGUGUGUUUAUCAGAACCUACGUUGGUCGAAGAACCAUCACCGUCUCCGGAACCAGAAAUAACCUGCAACAACUUGUACGUGGGUCCUCUGAUCCCCAAAAAUAAAUGUGACGGUAGUCAGGAAAAAAAUCUGCAAAAAUUGGAAGAAAAUAAUAAGAACUCGAUAGGUAAAGAAUAUAAAGGCAUACCCAGAGCCAUUGUAACUGCCAAUUCUAAUCAACCUGUAAAACAAAUUGAUCCAAAAGUAGUUGUCAAAGCUACGAUCAACAGAAGCAAAAGCGAUGACAAACCUAAAAAUAUACCUCGCGUUAUGGUACCCGACAACAGACCCGAAAUUGUGGCGACUUCGAAACCCGAAGUGUCGAGCAGAGACAUCCGGGAAAACUAUAAUUCAAAGGAGUCUGUAAUUGAAGCCAGAGCCAUGAAAAUGAAAAAGUCGCAGAUUCCGACAUUAAUAAAAACAUCCAAUCCUAGUUUAAAUAAAGAGUCAAGUUCAGAGUCUACAUCUCCUUCUGAUGAUUCUGAUACCGGAACAGUAGUCAAGAAGUCUUGAGUUAACAAAUCGAACUUUAUGGUCUACUUUUGUUUCUAAUAUAGUACAAGAUAUUUAGCUCGGGAAGGCUGGCGGUAUAUGUUAACACUGUUGACAACCGGGACACUGCUUACAUGAUACAAAUAAUUGGGUGUUACUUUAUUUUCUAUUAAUUAACCUAGUUUAAUUUCAACGACCCAACUUAUUAUGGAGCUUCUUGUCUACCCAGCCGGCAAAUAAUCUUGCAAUAACGACUCUCACUGAUUAAAAUUCACUAGACUACUAUGAUAACUGUAAUAUGAGAUACGGAUGUUUCACUAUCAGAGGUCUAAUUAACUGAAACACUUUUUUACAUUUUUAUUUUUAUAAUAUUUUUCGAGCAUACUGUUGUCAUUAGAGGAUCACUGUACUAGCUUUAAGAAGUUUUGGUUAUAAUCAUGGCGUCUGCUGUAUGUAAUGAAAUAUUUUUUAACACAAAAUUGACCUAGCAUAAGACUGAAAUAAAAAAAUAUACAAAAUAGAAAUAUCUUUAUUUAUUGUACAUAUUUAUUAUUAUUUAUGUUUUAUUUGUACCGACAACAUGUAAUACAGUAUUUGUAAUUACCCUCAGUAUUUAUUUCAAUAUGGCAAAUAAAG